AUGCCUUCCGCUCCCACAGUCAAGCUGAACAGCGGCCACGAGAUGCCUCUCGUUGGCUUCGGUCUCUGGAAAGUCGACAACGACACUUGCGCCGACACCGUCUACAACGCCAUCAAGGUUGGAUACAGACUUUUCGACGGUGCCUGCGAUUACGGCAACGAGAAGGAAGUCGGCCAAGGUGUUGCUCGUGCCAUCAAGGACGGUCUUGUCAAGCGUGAAGAACUCUUCCUUGUCUCCAAGCUCUGGAACUCCUUCCACGACGCCGACCAGGUCAAGCCUAUCGCCAAGAAGCAGCUCGCAGACUUGGGCAUCGACUACUUCGACCUUUACAUCAUACAUUUCCCUGUAGCUCUGAAGUACGUCGACCCUAGCGUUCGCUACCCUCCCAGCUGGACCGAUGAAAACGACAAGAUCACAUUUUCCAAGACCCCCCUCUCCGAGACAUACAAGGCCAUGGAGGAGUUGGUCGACGAGGGUCUGGCCAAGAGCAUUGGUGUCUCCAACUACAACGGGGCUCUCAUGCUUGACCUCCUCCGUUACGCCAAGAUCACCCCUGCUACUCUCCAGAUUGAGCACCACCCCUACCUCACCCAAGAGGGUCUCGUCAAGCUGUGCAAGGAGAACAACAUCCAAGUCACCGCCUACUCAUCCUUUGGUCCCGCUUCGUUUGUUGAGCUGAAGAUGCAGAGAGCACAUGACACUCCCCUUCUCUUUGAUAGCGAGAUUGUCAAGAAGAUCGCCGACAAACACCAAAAGUCUCCUGGCCAGGUGCUGCUUAGAUGGGCCACCCAACGCGGGGUUGCAGUCAUCCCCAAGAGCAACAACAAGGAGAGACUCGCCUCCAACCUUGACGUCUGCAGCUUCGACCUCGCCGAGGAUGACAUCAAGGCUAUCAGUGAUCUGGACAGAGGUCUUCGUUUCAACGACCCUGUCAACUACGGUCUCAACAUCCCCAUCUUCGCCUAG